AUGAAGGAAUUCAAGGUGGAGGAGAAUCUGGGCGUGCUCACGCUCGAGCAAUUUUUUGAGCUCUUCUUCGAGGGCGAGUCCUUCUCGCAACAGUGGCACGAAAGGCGGGGCAACACAGAUAUUCACUUGGGUCCGUGGACCAAGGCGCCCGAUGGCAACCGCAAGCAGCGCCUCAUCCGCUUCACGCCGCCGCCCGCCGCCCACCCCAUGCUCAAACGCUUCACCAGCAACGCCAAGUUCAAAGAGGUGACGCACUUUCACAUCACACCCAACGGGGAGGCGAUUGUGACGGCCGUGACGAUGGGCGAGGGCGGGUCGAGCGUGGACCUGGAGACGCGGGUCGAGUGGACCGCGCGGAUCGACGAGGCCGACGGCACCCUGCGCUGCACCAUCGUCGGCCGGGACGAGUACAAGCGGAAGCUGUUCAAGGAGAUGAUGGAAAACUUUAUGCGCGAGUCGACCGAGGCCGCGGUCGGGCUGUGGGUCGAGCUCGUGCGGCGGCACCUGCACCACCUGGGCUUCACCUCGCCCCUGCCCGCCCACCGCGUGCCCGGCGGCGGCGGCUCGCUCGUGUCGCACCCGUCGUCGUCGUCCGAGCGCGACGAAGCCGAAGACGACGAGGCGGGCGACGAGAGCGACGAGCACGGCGAGCCGACGACGGCGACGGCGAUGACGAAGAAGACUUUCGGCACCGGCGGUCGGAGUGCGACGGUCGUGGUUAGGGAGGAGGAAGAGGAGGAGAGCGACGACGAUGACGACGACAACGCGCGAUUCGUGGACGCUGGCGAGGCGAUGCUGCUGGGCGAGCAGCACGGGGUCAGUACGGCGGAGGAGGUGGUGGUGCUGCGAGCGGCGGUCAAGGGCCUCGAGCGGGAGGUGAGCAACAUGGAGCGCCAGCUCUCCAAGGCCCUCACCCGCGUCGCCGGUUUGCAGCAAACGCUUCAGGAGGUGACGGGAGACAGUGCGGCGUUGUCGCUCUCGCUGCCGUCGCUCCACCAGCGCCUGGCGGCCCUCGAGCACGCCCAGGCGUCGGCGGCGGCUGCGGCGCAAUUGGCCGCUGCUUCGCCCGUGCCUUCGCCGGCCGCCACCAACGGCGCCCUUCCGCCCACGCCCGACGAGCUCGAACAGGCCGUCAGAGACAUUGAAAUUGAGAGGCGGGUGUCGCGGAGGAACGGCCGCAAGCAGCGAGCGUCGCUCCAUCGCGGCACCUCCGCCGCCGACGGCGACCUCGUCUUCACUCCUCCCUCCUCCUCUUCAUCAUCAUCAUCUUCGUCUUCAUCCACACCACUCGGGCCACCACCCGCCGUCGCGACGACGGGCGUCGCCGGCACACAGCUGACGCCAUCAGCCGUCGGCAGCAGCUCGACGCCGGCGUCGGCCAAGAAGAAGAAGGACCCGCGGCGGAAGUUAAUGUGGGCCGGGGUGGCGACGCUGGUGGUGCUGUCCAUCUCGCUGGCGCUGCCGCUGCUCGCCCCGCGGUCGGCCCUGCUCGACCGGCUCCUGCGGCCGCUCCGCAGCUUCACCGCCCUCUGGCCCGUCUCCCUCUCCUUCUCCCGCCUCGAGGCCGCCAGCCCCAACAAGUAA